AUGGAUUUACAUCCAAGAAAAAGAAAAACAUCAGAGAAAUCAUGUUUUCUUUGUCAAAAAGAUAUGGUCGAAUGUGAUGAGAAAACACCUUGUUCAAGAUGUAUUAUAAAGGGUGUUCCUCAAAUGUGUUAUAGCUCAAAUAGAACAACUCCGUCAUAUCCAUUUAAUAAUAACUCUAUCAGACCAAAUAUAUCAAAUUCCAAUAUAAAGUUACCAAAUAAUUCACAACCCCGUCCUUCAAAUAAUAAUAAUAACAAUAACAGCAGCAGCAGCAGCAGCAACAAUAACAAUAGCAAUAGCAAUAAUAGCGGUAGUAUUGGCAGCAACAAUAACAACAAUAACAAUAAUAACACAGGCAGUAGCAACAGCAGUAGUAAUAAUAAUAACAAUAGCAACAUCGGCAAUAAUAAUAAUAAUAACAACAACAACAACAACAAUAAUAGUAAUAAUAGCAGUAAUAUUAAUAAUAAUAAUAAUAAUAAUAAUAACAGUAAUAAUCCAUCAGAUAUAGUAAAAUCCGACCAAAAUGGUAUUGCAAAUUUAUUAAUUAGUGAAUUAAGGGAAUUAAAAGAUGGACAAAAAAAGAUAUAUGAAGAAUUAGUAAAUUUAAGAAAUAGAAAUGAAAAAUUAGAAAUUGUUAAUGAGACAUUAUUGGCGAAAUUAAGUAUGCUAACAACAAAUGAACACAUUACACCAUCUUCACAACAACAACAACAACAACAACAAUUACUUCAAUCGAAAUUUGCUCAUCACUCAUCUGAUAUUAAUACAAAUGAUAGUUCCUUAUCUUAUCCAAGAAAUCAACAAUCAAAACAUCUUCAUCAUCAUCAUCAUCACCACCAAUCAACAGACUCAUCAGAUUACUUUCAAAAUGUUUUCAUGGUUGUUGAUCUUUUAAAAUUACCACCAAUCGUUAUAAAUUGUUCAAAUAGUUUUUGUGAAUUAUUAGGUUAUUCUCAAAAUGAGUUAAUUGGUAAACCAUGGACAGAAAUUACACAUCCGAAUUUAAUUGAAAAAACAAUGAAUUUAUUUCAACAACAUAGAUUAGACUUAUCAGAAAAGAAAUCAUUUGAGUUGGCACAAGUUUAUAAACAUCGUGAUGGUUCAAUUUUUAGUACUAUAGAUACACAUACAAUUAUUAGCGAUUCAGAUAAUACUAGAGCAAUUUGUGAUUUGGUUACAAUUAGAUUAUUGAGUAAUGAUUAUCCAAUUAUAAACAAUGUUAAUGUUUCUUCAAAUGUUAGUACUGAUAGCUUAAAUAGUGGUGCUUUAAUAUCAUCGAAUCAUCCAAUCAAUAAUAGAUUAAUUAAUAGAUCAAAAACAUCAAGUUUCAUAUCACCAAUGGAUGAAUCACCACCUGGUUCUCCAGAUGAUUAUCAAAUGAUAAUUCAAAAACAUUCAAAUAGUGAACGUAUUGUUGAACAACCACCAACACCAACACCAACACCAAUAACACCAAUAACUCCAAUAAUUUCUCCAAAUACUCCAAAUAGUAAUAAUAUUAAUAAUAAUAUUUUAAUACCAACUACCACCACCACCACCACUACUACCAAUAAUAAUAAUAGUUUAACACCAAUCACCAACAACAACACCACAACCUCUUCAACAACAGGAGAUGUUGCUACACCAUCAACUCAGUUAAGUGAUUUUAAUGUAAAAUUAGAUUUAGAUAAUAGAAAUACCAAUUUUGAUACAAUAGUAAAUAGUAAUAAUAAUAACAACAACAACAAUAAUAAUAGCACCAAUAAUAACAUUGAAAAUAAUAGCGAUAAUAUUUUAUAUAAUGGUAUAGAUAAUACAUAUUUAAUACCGGCAUCAUUUACAUAUAAUAAUAAUAAUAAUAAUAAUAAUAAUAAUAAUAAUAAUAAUAAUAAUAAUAAUAAUAAUAAUAUUAAUAAUAAUAUUAAUAAUAAUAAUAUUAAAAACAAUAAUAAUAAUAAUAUUGGAAGUAGUUCAAUGACUGAAAGUAAUAAUGGUUUAAUGAACACAAAUGGCCCAUUUACAGACUUUUUGGAAACGAUGAUUGGCGAUCCACCACCAAAAACAAAUAAUAUUUGGAGUUUUGACCCAACAACAGAUUGGUCUUUUAAUAAUAAUUUUUAUAAUAAUAUAAAUAAUAAUAUAAAUAAUAAUAUAAAUAAUAAUAUAAAUAAUAAUAGUAAUAUUAAUAAUGGCGUCAAUAUUAAUGUUGGUGUCGAUGGUUUGGGUACUCUUCCACCAAAAUAA